CUCGCGAACGCGCUGAUCCGCCUGCCUCGGUCGAUUACUGCCUCCUCCUCUGCAGCCCAACCCAAUGUCGUCUGUUCGUGCUUCGUGUAAACGUUCUUGCGAGAUAUUACGAUGGGAUCAGAUUCGAUGUUCGGCUGUCGGAAGCGUGGGCGGAUAGCUGAGGAGCGAAUGGCUCGUCAAACUGAUCUAGUUUGAAGUCCUAUAUGGUAAGGUCGCCGUCGGCAGAUAACUUGCUCGUGGCUACGAACAACCCGCCUUCUCCUCUACGAUGCGUAUAAGAGCGCGUACAACUCCUUGCUUGCACUCAACUCUUGUCAAGCAUCUCACCAGCAGAAAGCGAGAGCGAGAGCCAGAGCAAGAGCGUCGAGAUCAUUCUGAUCCCUCAGAAAGUGAACAUUACAAGCACCAUGGCUGACACUCCUGUGUCACUUGCCUGCGCCGACUUUGAUGCCGACGCACUCUUGCAACUCUUGCCUGCCAAUUUGUCGCCUUCGAUGCCACCUCAAGCGAUCCUGCAGAGACGAUCCUCAACGGACAGUGUCAAGGAGAUCAUGACAGACGAGCAGAUCUUCGCUCUGCAGCUGGAAGGAUACUUUGCAGCACUCAGUCCAAGCAAGCAAGGUCGAACGACGGUCACACAGUCUGACCAUGGCGACAUUGUGGCCUUCCUCUCGGGAGAGGAUGAUCAGAUGCGCAACAUCAAGUUCAGAAGCUGGGCGCUCAAGAACUUUAAGCUGUCGGCUAACGGCUCACGUCUCGUUUCGACUUCGAAUGGCCUGCCCAUCGCCUGUGUGGAACAGUAUCACAGCAUCUGCGCGGCAGCUCACGGCAAGUGUAUGCACGGUGGCCGAGACAAGACACACAAGGCUAUUGCUGCCAAGUGGGCCUUUAUCCCGAAGGACAUUGUCGCACGCUUCGUCGCUACAUGCCCGCUCUGCCGAAUCAAGCGCCCGUCGAUGCACGAAAGCUCGCCAGAAGUCUCCAGUGACCGAAUCAGCUCAUCGACGCCGGACCUCGGCUACUUUGGCUCGUCUGAGAGCGACGAUGGCGAGGACAGUGACUGUAUGAUCAUCUCGCCACCUCCCAAUUCGCGCCGUCAGUCGUUUGACGAAUCGAUUCCGGAUGUCUGGACUGCCCCGCACCACCAGGGAUACGAUUUGCCGGCUGAUCUGCUCGAACCUCUCGAGGUCCUUGCUGAAGCAGACGCUGCAUUGGAGGCGCUUGAGCGCGGGCGAUCCGCACUCGAAGACGUACCCUUUGCACUGCGCGUUCAAUUCUUCAGCCCCGACACGUUCGACAAUGCCUUUGACACCGCAUUUGGCAACGCACUCAAUGAAGCCGCCCAGCUCGAUCUUCCGUUCGAUGAGCAGCACUGGCCCGGACUCAAGGCUGAACCCUCUGCGAUGCUCUGCGAACCUUUCGCAAUCGACUGGACGUUCUCAUGAGCUCAGCUCGUUAUACAGCACUGUGUUGUUUGAAAUCGAAACAAUGACAUUAUCCAUAGAUCGCGAGCCAUAGUUGAGAUGGGUUGAUGAGUCAGC